GAAAAACAACAUUGCGAAGCGAAGAAGUUGAAGUGGCAGUCAUUACUCAAUAUUAAACUCACACCCUGUUUUCCCAUCUGAAGCUCAUUUUUUAAAUCUACAAAAUGGCUACAAGGACAGCGUUAGUACACACUUCGACGCGUACGACGACAGCGACAGAAGAAACGAGGUCAUCACCGUCGGUGACACUCAAACUACGUAAACCAAAGUCAGACAAGAAGGUUAACUGGAAAACAGGUGUGGUUGACAAUGAACACAUGGGCAGGAAGAAAUCAAAAUGUUGCUGUAUAUACAACAAACCUCGGAUGUUUGGAGAAAGUUCAUCAAGCAGCGAAGGAGAAUCGGACGACGACUGCAAGUUGUGCCGCAAACAGCAGAAGAAAAACUACAGUAAACACAAAGACGAAUGCAACUGUGAUGGUGGUCCCCAGCAAGGGAUAGGGGAUGAUUAGAAGUCAGUGUGUACAUAAGUUCUUGAAAUCCCUGUUGAACUUGCACCGUAGCUACCAUUAACACUGAAACUGCCAUUAACACAAGACUACCAGAAUCAUCUUUAUUUCAUUUCAUGCCUGUAUGUUGUCAAGCGUAAGUUCUAGUGGCAAAAAUUGUGAGAUGAGAAUGGCUAGCAUGUGUUUGGUGGCACCGAUGAAAGGCA